UUCCCUAUCUGCCCAAUCCCUCUCCCUUCCACAGAAAACACAACCACACACACACACACACUCAUAUACAUGUUUGAGGUAUAUAUAUUUGUAUCUUGUCUACCCACUACACAUGACUACUUUUAAAUUCAAGCCUAUAAUGGAUAGAUAUUUCCAUCUCUACCUCCUUAUAACAUCACUCUUACUUCUUCAAUGGCUGAUUGAUUAUAACUCAGCCAAAUCAGAUAUCAACCCUGAUCGUUCUUCACUUAUUGCCUUCAAAUCUCGAAUAUCUUCUGAUCCCCAUAAUAUAUUAUCCCAAAAUUGGAGAAACGAAAGCAAUAUCUGUAGUUGGAUGGGAGUUACAUGUGAUUCUCGCUAUCACAGGGUGACUCAGUUGAAUAUAUCGUCCAUGGGUCUCGUAGGAACCAUCCCACCUGAAAUCGGAAAUCUUUCUUUUCUCGUUUCUUUAGAUUUGAGCGAGAACUCUUUUCAUGGUCCUAUUCCCACAUCUAUUUUCAACAUGUCAAGUUUAGAAGUUUUAAAAUUGAGGAAUAAUAGUUUAUCAAGUAACCUGCCAAUUGAUAUGUGCAAACAAAAUCUGCAUGGACUCAAGAGACUUCAUAUUUCUUACAACAAGUUGUUUGGGGAAAUACCAUCGAGUUUGGAGCAGUGUUCACAACUUGAGUAUGUUUCUUUGGUCAGCAAUAAUUUCAGUGGAAUUGUGCCAACUCAAAUUGGGAACUUGACAUUGCUUCAAGUGUUAUAUAUGAGUUCCAACAAUUUAAGUGGUAAUAUUCCAAAAGAGAUUGGUGGUCUUACUAAUUUAGCAGGUUUGGAUCUGAGCAUCAACAACUUUAUCGGACACGUGCCAAGGGAAAUUGCGAACUUGACAUUGCUUCAAUUGUUGGACCUUAGUACCAACAAGUUGAGCGGUAAUAUUCCAAAAGAGAUGGGUUAUCUUAAUAACUUACUAGGUUUGGGAAUGAGUUUCAACGAGUUUUCAGGCCCUAUACCUGCAACUAUUUACAGCAUGACUUCCUUGGAGUAUUUUGACUUUGCAUCGAAUGAUUUGAAUGGAUCGCUAUCAAGAGAUAUUGGAAACAUGACAUCCCUUCGCAGAAUAGGCCUUGAAUAUAAUAAUCUAAUUGGUGAAAUUCCGAAAGAGAUCGGCUAUCUUGCUAAUUUCGAGCGAUUAAGCAUGUGUUGCAACAGAAUUAGUGGUUCAGUGCCAAGAGAACUUGGGAACUUGACAGCCAUGGUUGGUAUAUACCUUUCCAGUAAUGCUUUAAGUGGUCCUAUAACAAAAGAGCUAGGUCGCCUUGUUAAUUUAUGGGAGCUGCAGUUGCACUACAAUAUUCUAAUAAAUGGAUCUAUACCGAAGGAAAUUGGGAACAUGACAUCUCUUUCCUACUUAUGGCUUUCCAAUAAUAGAUUAAGCGGUACUAUUCCAAAAGAAAUUGGAAACCUGAAACACCUCACGGAGUUAUGGCUUCAGGACAACAAUUUAAAUGGUACUAUUCCAAAAGAAAUUGGAAACCUGAAACACCUCACGGAGUUAUGGCUUCACGACAACAAUUUAAAUGGUCCAAUACCUUCCGCCAUUGGGAAUAUGUCAGAGCUGACCUAUUUAGGACUCCCUCAUAACAAACUAAUUGGAGAGAUUCCAUCAUCCAUUUGUGACUUGAGAUUACUAACACUCCUCCAUUUAGCAGACAAUCAUUUGGAAGGACAGAUUCCAAACUGCUUGGGAAACUUCAAUAGUUCAUUGUUGGCUCUUAAUUUGGGUGGAAACCAAAUCACAGCCCUUCAAUCAGCAUUUGCAAAAGGAUGCAGUCUUCAGGCCCCUUAUUCUGUAUGGCAAUAAGUUGGAAGGAAUAACACCUUCCCUAAUCAACUGCCAACGCCUGGAAAGCAUUGAUUUUGGUGAUAAUGAAAUACGAGGUGCAUUUCCCUUCUGGAUGGAAACAUUCCCUCAACUUCGCGUCCUCAUCUUGAAGUCUAACAAGUUGAAUGGUACUAUGUUGGAGCCUUCAAAGACCGAGCAUCCGUUUCCAAAGUUACAAGUCUUGGAUAUAUCAAGAAAUGUAUUUGUUGGCUCUUUACCUGAUAGAUAUAUCAAGAAUUUUGAAGGUAUGAUAGAUGCCAAGGAUAAUCUGACACGCGUUGGGAAGGAUGAGCUCCAAACAUUUUUAGACUUACGUGUCAUUUUGAAAGGUUUGGAUCAGGGAUUGUCAAGAUUAUUGGAUACGUUUACAAUGAUUGACUUAUCUUCCAAUAGAUUUUCCGGGAAUAUUCCAGUUUCCAUCGGCAAUCUUAAUUCUCUUAGAUACUUGAAUUUGUCCAGUAAUACUCUCACGGGAGAGAUUCCUGUAUCUCUUGGGAAUAUAAGUAUUCUUGAGUCAUUGGAUUUGUCAUGGAACAGAUUUAGUGGAAAAUUUCCAAGUGAUCUGACAGGGUUGACGUUUCUUUCGAAAUUAAACCUAUCAAUGAAUAAUCUUGUGGGGCAGAUACCACAAUCUAAGCAGUUUUCCACGUUUCAGAAUGAUUCAUACAUAGGAAACUCAGGAUUGUGUGGAGUUCCGUUGGCAAAGCAGUGUGAACCAACUGAUAGAAAACCAGUGUUUCCUCCAGAAGAUGAUGAUGAUGAGUCAGGAUUUAUAGAUGGAUUUGGUUGGCGAAGUGUGGUUAUGGGAUAUGGGUGUGGAUUUGCAGUUGGAAUUGGAAUUGGUUACAUGAUUAUAAGAAGCGGAAGGCCAAGAUGGUUAGUGGAAUUCUUUUUUGGAGUCGGAUAUAAUAAUAGUAAGGUGAAGAGAAGAAAUAGAGCUAAAGCAACAAGAAGAAGGUGAGUGAAGACAAACAUUGUGCUUUUGUAUUAUGUUUUGCAUAUAAUGCAUAUUAAAGUAUGUAAUGUUGCAUUUGUAUGUUUGGUUACUUUUGUUUAGAAACUCAUGUGAUUGUACUAUUGUGUGAUUAAGCCCUUACAUGCAA